AUGUGGUCGACGACGAUUCCCAUUCUUGCUGGCCUGCCUUUGGUGGCAAGCUCCUUCUUGGCAGAUCUGCCAGCCACGUUCAAUGAUACGCCGGCGAUAUGGGCAUAUGUUUCCUACGGCAACCCCUCCGUGGCUGUUCUGACCGGUUCAUUCAACCGCUCUGCCAUAGACGCCCCGCACAAGGGAGAGACCAGUGAUCCAGCUUUGAAGAAGACCAAUGAGUUUCUCAACACCACGAACUUCAUUGCUUAUGAUGAGAGGUUCUUCGACAUCUUCGGACCUCAGGCGACCGUCAAGCAGGUUCAGCAGUUAGCAUUUCAGACCCAUGAGGCGCCAUGCUACAAUAAAGAUACCAAGGAAUUGUACUUCGCCGAGUGGGGUCCUCCCGGUGGUGAUGAUGGUACCCACUCCUGGCAGUAUAUGCUCGAUACCAGGAACAAUACGCUGAAGAAGAUCACCACGACCCCGCCAACUGUGAAUGCGCAUGGCUGCAUCUACUACCGUGGGGCUUACCACGUAGUCACUGAUGGGUCUCACAACGAAACCGGGGCCCUUGUCCGCGUCAAUCCCGAGACUCUUGAAAGAACAGUGCUGUUGAACAACUACUACCAGGAGCCAUUCAUGGGUUUCAAUGAUCUUGACAUUGACUCUGAAGGUAAUUUCUGGUUGACGGAUUCCAAGUCUGGAUGGGGCCGAGAUAUCGUGGAUUAUACGCCGCCGACAAACCCUACGGUUUACUUCGUGAACGGAACCACGAUGAGACCCAAGGUUGUUCAUAUUACUACAGGAAAUGCCAACGGUGUCGCCGUAUCAUCUCUCCAAGACGGACGCCACACUUUGUAUCUUCCUGACACAGGCGUAUCCGAGUUCAAGCCUGUGUCGAAGAAGAAUCCCUACGGCAACAGGGCACUUUUCGCUUACGACGUUGCACCUGGCGGGGUUCUAACGAGCCCUCGUCUGCUGAAUAACCCGAUCUCGUACUUUUACGACGGUAUCAGGGUUUCAAGGAAUGGUUGGAUCUUCGUGGGUGCUGGAGAUGGAGUGGACGUUAUUGACCCUGUUAGCGGUUUCACUCUUGGCACGAUCCGUGUUGGUGGAGGUGACAACCUUGCUGUCAGCUUGGCUUUCGGUGAGCACGAGUUCUGGAUCGUUGGGAGGGGCGGUGUUUGGCAUGUCAACAAUGUUGCAGAGCGUCUCGAUCGCGAAUGGUAA